UUCUCUUUUUCUCCCUUUCUCCACUUUACUCGGUCUUGGGAGAUUAAAGCAAAAGCAAUGAAUCCUCUCCAAUAUCAAUGUUCCUGGUUAACAAUUUAGCUGGACAUAUCUCGAGUGCUUUAAAGUACACCCCUCUGCUCCCUGACUAUGACUUUAAAAUGAACUGUUGUGCUCGAUGCAAAAUGAUCCUCUAAACUCUUGAAAGCCAAAUGUUACUGAUCACAGACUCACAGUGGCAGGUGAAGACAUAAUAAUGAUGGGCAGCAAAGAUAUAGCAGACAAUAGCUUCUUCCAUUCAGAUGGUUGGAACUAUAUAUUACUGAGUCCCCUCAGUGAAGAAAGCCUUCGUGAUGGAACACCUUCACAAGUGUUUGUGGUUACCCCGACAACUUUGACCUCUGGGGUCAUCAGACUUGACCUAGUUACACAACACCAAGGCCACUGGGCCACUGAAGGGCACCCCUUCCAUUUAAAUCUAAAGAAGGUGAAGGGGCACUUUUCCCACUGUCAGUUCAAAAUAAGUGUUCCGACUACGGCAACAAGACCUAUCUCUUCCUCAUUCUCGGAUGGAAUCUUGCCCGAUCAAAAGUAUCCUCCAAUAGAGAAGAGGAAGAAGGAAAUUGCAGCAUUGUCACUCUGGAUUCUGUUAACAAGUGCAGCAGCAAAGCUGAUUCCUUAUCGCCAUUCUGUUAACAAAAAACUCUCCCCAUGUUUCUCCACUCCCUGUUCAUGCAAGAGCAGAAGCACCCACAAAAAAGAAAGAGGUGGUAUGGAAGAGUGGUGGAGUUCACAAUUCUGUGGAAGACUGCAUUGAAGUCUUCGCCGCCGCAGAAGCCUGGAGGAAUCCAUGGAAAGUACUCCGCCAAGGAGAAGCUGAGCAGGUGCACCUCCCUCAAGGUGGCUACUUCCUUCACUAGAGUGUGCCUUUGCGUUCCAAUCUCUUCCUACAACGAGGUGUUCCGAGCGGACAUCCCGCCGAGGAGGAGCUACAGCUACGCUCGGUCGAAAACGUUGGCGCAGGUGCCGUCGGAGAGGAGUGGGAGCACAAGAACGUCGGUUGACGGGCGGAGAGUGUUCAGGGGGAAGUCGCUGACGGAUGACAUUCUGAUGAGGAGGUUUGUGGUGGAAGAGGAGGCUAUGAUGCAGAUGAGGAGGAGGAACCAGAUGGACUUCAUGAGGAAGAGGAACGCCAUGAGAAGGAAGAAGAUCGGGCCAAGUCCUCUGAGUAGGAUGGUAAUGGCUGAACCAGAAGAGGAAGAGAAGCUGUAGCUGCUGUCUUUGUAGCAGGUGCAACAAGUGUUUGAUCCUGUGGCUGCUUUUCUACGAGAGUUCUUCAUUUGUUCAUGGUAUUUUUGUUUGUGGGAAAUGGAAUGCUUGAACCAUGUGGAAAAGACGGAAAUUUGGCAGAAGAUAUGAUCGUUAGAUCUCUUUCUUUCCUUGUUUUUUUACCUCUCUCAAUCUCUGAUGAAGUUAGUUUUGGA